CUCACUAAGCCUAAUCCCAACCCAUAAUCUGUCUAAAGCCUUUUACCAAAAAAAAAACUGUAAAGCCAAGAUGUGUGCACUUGUCCCUCCAUUGUUUCCCAAUUUCGGCUGGCCUUGCGGAGACCAAGGCUUCUAUGUAAACGACGACGUAGCCAACACGUUUCUUGAUUUUCCGUUGCCGGACUUGGAGGUGGCUCAUCAGAAUGUGUCGUCGGAGAGACAUAGAACUUUAGGGUUACAGAAUCCUGUCCUGAUGAAGAAGCUUAAUCACAACGCGAGCGAGCGUGGUCGCCGUAAGAAGAUCAACGAAAUGUUCUCAGCUCUCCGUUCUUGUCUCCCAUCUACCAAUCAAUCGAAGAAGUUAAGUGUUUCUGCAACAGUUUCUCAGGCCCUAGAGUACAUACCAGAGCUGCAAGAGCAAGUCAACAUGCUCAUAAAGAAGAAAGACGAGCUCUCGUUUCGAAUCUCGGGUCAAAAAGAUCUCCUUAACACUAACCAAAAUGAUAAGCCAGAGAAAGGUUAUGCAUCAACGGUUUCUGCAACUAACCUAGGUGAGACAGGUUUAAUGGUCCAGAUUUCAUCGUUACAGACUGUAAAGUGUUCGUUCGGGAACGUAUUGAGUGGACUAGAAGAAGAUGGGUUGGUUCUCGUGGAUGCUUCAUCUUCAAGGUCUCAAGGAGAGAGACUCUUUUACACUUUGCAUCUUCAGAUGGAUAAUUGCAAUCUGAAUUUUGAAGAGUUACGUAGUAGGUUGUUGUACUUGUACGAGAAAUGUUGAAACUCAUUUACAUGAUUCAAGAAAAUAUUGUAUGUGAUUUGGUUUUGUUUUC